AUGGCGCACUCUCACUCUCACGAUGCAGGUGUCGAUCACUCCCAUGAUGACCCAUUCAACGGCCACGGCCACUCUCACGACAUCCUCGACGGCCCGGGCUCAUACGUCAACCGCGAGAUGCCCUUGAUCGAGGGCCGUGACUGGAAGGAUCGUGCCUUCACAAUUGGUAUCGGUGGACCCGUAGGAUCCGGAAAGACAGCACUGAUGCUAGCACUGUCUCGGGCUCUCCGUGACGAGUACAACAUCGCCGCCGUGACCAACGAUAUCUUCACGAGGGAGGAUGCCGAGUUCCUCACCCGGCACAAGGCGCUUGCCCCUUCGCGCAUCCGCGCCAUCGAAACAGGUGGCUGCCCGCACGCUGCGGUUCGUGAAGACAUCAGUGCGAAUCUGCUCGCCCUUCAGAAACUCCAGAAGCAGUUCUCGACUGAUCUGUUGCUCAUCGAGUCUGGUGGUGAUAACCUUGCUGCGAACUAUUCGCGUGAGCUGGCUGACUUCAUUAUCUACGUUAUUGACGUAGCGGGUGGUGAUAAGGUGCCCCGUAAGGGUGGCCCCGGUAUCACGGGCUCGGAUCUGCUGGUCGUCAACAAGAUCGAUCUUGCUGAGGCUGUUGGCGCGGAUCUGAGUGUCAUGGAGCGAGAUGCGGCGAAGAUGCGUGAGGGUGGUCCCACUGUCUUCGCGGUGGUCAAGAAUGGAAAGGGCUUGGAUCACAUCGUGAACUUGAUCAUUAGUGCCUGGAAGGGAAGUGGUGCCUACGAGGAGAGUUUGCGUCGUUGGAAGAAUGGUGCGGUGCGCGGAUCUGGAAGUGUUGACGAGUAG